AGAGAGCGCGCAGGGGGAGGAAGAGUUGGAGGAGGAGCAGUAGAAGGGUGAAGAUAUAACAAGAGCGUCUGUCGAUGUGCGCCACUUUUCUCAAUAGAUUUACAAAGUAGCGUUUGGCUGACAUUAAUUUACUAGUCACCGGCUCUAAAAAAAAAAAAAAAAAAAAAAAAAAAAACGCAAACUCUCCACUUAACACCGUUUUUGCCUUUAGUUUUUAGUUUGUUUUUUUUAACCCUCCUAAAGAACUGACACUAGUACGAGGUGCGCCUGUGGGAUCCGGAGCCGAAACGAGUGGAGUUGUCCAAUGCAAAACUACAUGUAUGAGAAAGCCAUGGCUCAAGAGACAAGGAACGGAGGGAACUCCACGUUAAACAACAACAACGGUGUCGACAGCAGCAAGAGGAAGCUUCUGGUUGCGCUGGACAUCUUAUGUCUUCUACUUGCAAUGCUGCCCAGCCUGGUUCUGCACCGUACUUCUAUUCGUCCAUACCAGAGAGGGUUUUACUGUGGGGACUCCAGCCUGACGUACCCCUACAAGAACAGCACCGUGCCAUCCUCGGUGCUCACUUCUGUUGGGUUGACACUGCCCGCGGUGUCUAUCGUGAUCGGAGAAUCCUACAGGAUUCACCAGCUACAUGAAGGGACUAAGUCCUUUGUAGGAAACCCAUAUGUCGCCGCCUUCUACAAACAGAUAGGCGUGUUUAUCUUUGGCUGUGCCAUUAGCCAGUCAUUCACGGACAUUGCCAAGGUUUCCGUGGGUCGAAUGAGGCCACACUUCCUGGAUGUGUGCAAGCCAGACUUCACCGCCAUCAACUGUUCGCUCGGCUACAUCACCGAGUACACCUGCAGUGGGAAGGACAGUGACGUGCAAGAGGCCAGGAAGUCUUUCUUCUCCGGACAUGCUUCUUUCUCCAUGUUCUCCAUGCUCUACCUGGCGUUCUAUCUCCAGUCCCGCUUCACGUGGCGUGGUGCCCGUCUCCUGCGCCCGCUACUCCAGUUCACUCUGCUGAUGAUGGCGUUCUACACCGGCCUGUCGCGUGUCUCCGACCACAAGCACCACCCUACUGACGUGCUGGCAGGCUUUGUGCAAGGAGCCCUGGUGGCCUACUGCAUAGUGUACUACGUGUCCGACCUGUUCAAGCCCAGACCGAAGCAGGCCACGCCACCACCAUCGCCCAUCAAGAAGGAGCUGCUCCCUUCGUCCGACAUCAUCGAGAGAAACAACCACCAUAACAUGGUGUGAGCAAGACCCCGCUCCUCCUGCGACCAAUCACGUCGCCUCUCACCUCCCGUCGGACAGUAGAAUGUAGCUUAUCUCGGCGGCCGCGGGGAGUUUCAACCCCAAAUUGGAAAAUGACAGGCGGAGCUUGAAAGAGGUAAUAAAACAACAAAAUCAUGAAAAUGAAGAGACAAAAACAAACUUCCCACGAAAGGGAGAGAAGGAAUUCUAGCGAUGUUUACUCUCUGAAGCCUCCGUGGCCUUGGAGCAGCAGCAACAACUUCCUUAGCGACAGGAAGGAUGAAAAAAUGUAAUUUAAAGCACUGUUUUUCUUUUUCUGUUGUUGUUUUUUUUUUUUUUUUUUGUUCGUUGUCCAUGAUCACCACUCGCUGCCUGGCGCGUCAAGGCGGAAACCCGACGACGCUGUUUUUGAAUGUCACGCCGGCCUCACUCGACGGGCGUCCGACUAAGCGCGCUCAGUGCGGCCUAAAACCCGGGAUGUUGCAUUUACUUUAGAUUUAGGUCAAAUCUGGGUGGGGGGUUGGAGUUAUGUGGGUGGGUGGCCCCCCGGCACUAACACUACCACCAAAUGGGAGGAAAACAUUGGACUCCCACAUAUUGGCAGACUCCUUGUUUUGCAACCAGUUCUUUUAAAUGUAUUGAAAAAGUUGGUGUCCACUAUAUUGGCCUUGGGUGAGGUAUCAGAAUGAACCUAAAAUGCACUAUAACCAUUACAAGUGAACCUAAUUUGAUUUUUUUUUCCAAAGUUGAGCUUCUAUGGUUUCAGUACUUUUUACACAAUUUUCAGUUUUCAACGAGUCCACUGGAAUGCCUUUCCCUUAUAUAUACCAGUCUCUCUCUUGCUAGUUAUCGUUUUUGUUUCAUGAUGCCAAAAUGUGAGUCAUCCCACCAGAACAAGAUACUACUUGGUUUAUAAAAAGCUUUGCAAGAACUGUGAAGAUAGUUGAAAUCCGAUGAGAGUUGUAGAGGUGAUUGGAUUUAUUUUCCCUUAAAAUUCUCAGAUCACAAAACAGAGAAAAUGGCCGGACAAUUCAAGAAUUCAAGAUCACGUUUAAGAUUCAACACUCAAGGUCCCGUUAAUUAUGGCCCUUUAAAUUUGCAAAAAUUAAAAAUUAUAAAUGUGAUAAAAUUACCAGAAAAUUGGCAAGUUUGUUUUUUAGUCAGAUGAGUAGUCUGUUUUAAAAGGGCACACUUGAAAACAAUUUUAAAGGAAAUAUUGAAGUGAAUGUUUCUAAUUUUUUGUUUUGUUUUUUGUUUUAGUUUUAGAUGUUCAAAAAUCAACUCUAUAAUAUUGAAUACAUAUUGCCACUAGAGGGCCUCAUAUUAUUUUGAAACUUUGAGAAUUAAUGAAACUUGGGGGAGGGGGGUUAAGUAAACCAGUGUAAGUACACAAUCAGCUCAGGUUGCACAAACUGUUCUGGAGCCUGCGCUUGACAGUGACGUUUCGUUAUUAUGGCUAUAUGAUUGGCCGAAGAGUAGGUCUCCCACAGCCUUGCUCUCCUCUAAAAUGCCUGUUCAAAAGUACGCCAUAUGUUUUUGAGAGUCAUAGUAAUGCGUUCGUUCAAAAGUGCCUGUUUAAAAAUGCGCACGUAAAGCGAUUGAAUAUAUCACUCACAAAGGUGAUUAUUAACAAAUGAAUGUGAACGUUAUAUUAAAGAGCAAACGUGUAGGCACACAUCUUUCUCAUGUUACAGGACAUUAAAUAUGAGGGCCCAUUUCUGUCCAUUUUUAAACUAGUUUUGCAAAAAUCAGUCAGUUUUACUCGCUGGCUUUUAAAUUUCACAGUAUCAACGUGUUGCAAAUACAGCUCUAAAAUGUGUUACUUUGAGAUAUCUGGGUUAAAAAAAUGUUUGAAAAAAAAACCCAAAUGUUUUUUGUUUUUUUUUACACAUUGAACAGGAUUUUUGUUUGUCAAAACAUAUUAGCAAAUUGGAAGUAAUGUUAAGUUAAAAUAACAAAAAAAUAACUGAAAUAUUCUAAAUGAAAUAAAGUAAACGCUGUCCUUUAAUUGAGCCUAAACACACAGCCACAGUUCAACAUUAUUACCAUCAGAACAAAAAUAAUUAUUUUCUAGAAAAAGCACGUGUUUAUAACUCCUAUCAUGUUUACAUUAUACACACAGUCUUUCUCAAUACACAGUUUCCAGAGAGAAAAAAAACACCACGUUUUACCACCGCUAGACACACUAAACACACUGGAGUUAACUCUCGUAGCUGGUCGGAAACGUUCAUGACAGUGUUUAAUAACCUUUAAUUUAGUAUAAAUGCCAAAUCAAAUUGGAGGUAUUGCCUCCUCAGCAGCCACCCUCCGCAAACAUGUUUUUCAUGUUGGUUGGCCCUCCUCCUGUAAGCCGCGGCUGUCUAUAGCUUUUCUGUAGCAGAAGUAUUCCCAUACCAGCGAUUUCGUUUUUUCGAUGGGGGAAAAAGUUCAGGAGUUUCACCUCCUCUAGCCAUCGUGUAGCACAGCUUACUUACUGACACUGAGCAACAACCGGUGGGGGAGGGCUGAGCCCUGCAGCUGCAAGCGAUGGAUUUCUCCCUGCAUUUUUCAAAAAUAGCUAAUACCUUAGGAACGGUAUGAUGAAAAAUGUUUGAAACCGUGGCAUUUUCAUACCACCCUGCGUCAGACUCAACCCUUUUAAUGUAUUAUGGGUUUUUUUGUCGUUCAUUUGUUUUUUUUUUUGUUUGUUUUGCAUGCUUUUUACAUCAGGCCUGAUGUCGUAUGUUCCUUUCUUUGAAUGGUGAAAAAUGUAUUCAGAUAAAUCAUCCAUUAUUGACACAAUAGAAAAAACAACCCAAACAGUCUGUGCAACACGAGUGUUGUUGUGUCGUCUUUAGCCCCGAACAUUUUGAAUAACCUGAGCUGAUUGUGUACCUACACCGGACUUCAUUUUAAAUAAAUAUCUAACUACUUUGCUCCAAUCAUUGCUCGAACUCAGGGUUUCACACUGGCAGCGGAGCAGGCAGACAACUGAGCUAAAACCAUUCUGCAAAGCAGUCUAGUUCACAGUGUGCUCAUCUGAAGCAUCGUGAGUAAGGCUAAAUUCACAUAACAUUGCAAGUUCAGUUUCCUCAGAAAUUAAAGUACGGCCCACAAACCUGAUCAAGUUAACUGUACUCAUUUAAUCAAGUUCAGAUAUUAACUUGAGAACUUAGGAAUUUGAGUUAUUUCUACUUAAAAUACGACGUUUUAUUUUUUGUGUACGCAUACAACAGUUGAAUUAACCUCUAAUGAUUAUAGUGUAUUUUAGGUUAAACCUAAACCAAGCCAAGUAUCCCAAACAUUUCGUAAGUAGUGCAUGUGAGAGGCGUGGCUGUGCCUUGCGCCCUCCUUCAGUGCCGGGGCUAUUCUGAUUGGUUUCCGAAACAGGAAGAACUGACAAGGGGUGAGGUCAGGGUGAUUGACAGCCAAUCUGGCACAUCAUGUGGGGUUUUUUAGGGUUCUUUUCUGCGGGCAGGGAGGGGCCCUCACACACCCCAGUCACUCAUUAGCAAUACAUGUGUGUGUAUGUGUGCGCAUUGUGCGCUGUGAAUGAACCCUUUGUGUCACUGUCCUAAGUGUGUGUGUGUGUGUUUGUUUUUGUCGUGGUUCUACAAAAAACUGUGGAUCUCAUAUGUUUCGCUGUCCCCUUUUCAAGCCUCGCACACACACGCGGUUGCACAUCAUCACGUUAAAGUCCGUCCGAUGGCCUCUCAAACGCUGUUUUCCUUUUUUAUAUAUAAAAUAUAUAUAUAAAUAAUGUAAAGAUCACUAAAAAAGUAACUGUGUACAUGUUUAAGAUAUAUCCACUAUGAUUACAGACCUGUGUUCUUUGCAAAAUGCUGCUUGAAAAGCAACAGCGGACAGACUUUUUUUGUAUCUAGACAAGUAUUGUAUAUUGCCAUAGUAACGUUUUGUAAUAUGCACCCAGUAAAUACACCUGCAGUUUCUAUUCAAUUCCAUAUUAGUAUUUUUGUAUUGUCUUGUGUUGUCUUUUGUACAAAAGAAAUAGUGGUAUGUUGUUGUUUUUCUGCAAAAUGUAACUAGCUCUACUACAUGUGCUUUUAAAUAAAAAAGCUCGUUACGAACAUA